AUGUCGCAAACCCAGGAAACCACGGUGCAAGAAACGAUGCAUCAUGGCCACGAGAUGGUAUCUAUCCCUCAGCAACCAAAACCGCUCAGUCGCGCCCAAGCCGUGACCGCGGUGAUCGCCCUCUCAGGGGUCAGCUUUCUGAACACCACUGGCUCGGGCAUUCUGACGGUCGCCCUCCCCGUCAUGUCGACCUCCCUCUCCCUGCCCACCAACCUGCUCCUCUGGCCAGCAGCCGUCUACGCGCUCGCAGCCGGAUGCACCUUGCUCACAUUCGGGUCGCUCGCUGAUGUGGUUGGAGACAGACGCAUCUGGCUGACAGGAAGUACGCUCUUCGCAGUCUUCACGCUCGCAUGCGGUCUCGCGCGAACAGGGACACAGCUAAUUGUCUUCCGCACCCUGCUUGGAAUUGCCGUGGCAAUGUGUCUUCCAUGUGCUGUGAGUCUGAUGACGCGGACGUUUCCGCCGGGGAGAUCGAGGAAUCUAGGGUUCGCGGCUAUGGGCGUCGGGCAGCCACUUGGCUACUCCAUCGGUUUGAUUCUGGGAGGAAUUUUCGCGGACUCAAUCGGGUGGCGAUAUGGAUAUUAUAUCAGCGCCAUCAUCAAUGUUUUGCUAUCGAUUUUGGCCUUUUGGAGUCUUCCGGCUGAAGUGACCAAGACUGAGCCGCUGGUAAAAGGUUUGAAGCGGAUUGAUUGGGUUGGUGCGCUCAUGAUCGGUGUUUCUCUGGCGUUGCUUUCUUUCGUCCUGGCUCAGAUCACCGAGAGCUACCACAAUCUCGGGGAGACAUACAUUAUUGUUCUCUUUGCGAUAUCGAUCAUCCUACUCCCGACCUUCGUGCUCUGGGUGGGCUGGCAGGAGAAACAUGGUCGACCAGCGCUAAUCCCCAACAGCCUCUGGAGGAACACAAUCUUCAGCGCGACCUGCGUCAUAGUGUUCUUCGCCUGGGCUGUUUUGAACGCGCUGCAGUACUUUACCUCGUUAUACUUCCAAGAGGUUCAGCACCACUCAGCAUUCAGUUCGUCUCUCAUGUUCCUGCCGAUGGUAGUAGCAGGCGCCAUCACGAAUGUCUUCACGGGGUAUACUGUCGACAAAGUUCAAGUCGGCGUCUUGGUGUUUUCAUCCGCUCUCGUCAGCACUGCCUCGCCCAUUCUCAUGGCUUUGGUGAAUCCAUCAUGGGGAUACUGGCGCGGCCCGUUCGUGGCAAUGCUCCUGAGUCCCGUUCAUUCUGAUGUCCUUUUCACGGUCUCCAACCUGAUUAUUUCCCGCGCCUAUCCAGGUCAAAAUCAAGCUCUUGCUGGCGCGGUCUUCAACUCGGUUUCUCAAGUUGGGAACUCGGUUGGUUUGGCCGUUAGUGCUGCUAUUGCUGCUUCAGUCACAGAGCACUCUGAGAAUGAUACGUUGAAAGGCUUCCAAGCGGCGUAUUGGCUCAUGUUCGCCGCUAUGGGUGUCGUCUGUGUCGUCAGUUACUUUGGCUUGCGCGAUGGAGGGUACGUUGGGAAAAAGAAUGAGUAG